GUGACUUUGAUGCAUCAUAGUGGCAUUAAACUGAUUUUCUGCAAGAUAAAGUUUAGCAUCGGAGCAUCAUGGCUGCAACAGCCGAGAUCCCGACCCCUUCUGGCUUGCCUUUGCUGGGUAACAUUAAAUCAAUCAAUCCCGACUUCCCCUUGGGGUCUAUGGUAUCGCUCGCAGAACAGUAUGGCGAGAUCUACCGUUUAAGGUUCCCUGGUCGAACUAUCGUGGUCGUUUCCACACAGGCUUUGGUCAACGAGACAUGCAAUGAGAAGCGAUUCAAGAAAUCUGUCAAUUCAGCUCUCACUCAAAUCCGAGAAGGAGUUCACGAUGGGCUUUUUACUGCCAAACUCGGAGAGGAGAACUGGGGCAUCGCUCACAGAGUGCUAAUGCCAGCCUUCGGACCAUUGUCGAUCCAGCGCAUGUUUGACGAGAUGCACGAUAUCGCCUCUCAACUUGCUCUCAAGUGGGCGCGAUACGGACCGGACUCGCCCAUUAUGGUAACCGAUGACUUUACGCGUCUGACUCUAGACACACUGGCGUUAUGUUCUAUGGGGUACAGAUUCAACAGUUAUUACUCUCCAGUCCUCCACCCGUUCAUCGAGGCAAUGGGUGAUUUUCUUACAGAGGCUGGAGAAAAGCCUCGACGAUUGCCUUUACCCGGAGUUGUCUACGGCGGGCGCGAUCGCAAGUAUCAGCAUGAUAUCGAGAUCAUGAGAAAUACUGCCAGGGAGGUUCUUGAUGCCCGAAAGGCAGAUGGAAGCACACGAAAGGACCUUUUGACAGCUAUGCUUGAGGGUGUCGAUACAAAGACCGGCAAGAAGAUGACGGAUGAAAGUAUUAUGGAUAACUUGAUCACCUUCCUUAUUGCAGGGCACGAAACUACUUCGGGACUCUUAUCUUUCGCCUUCUAUCAGCUCCUCACACAUCCAGAUGCCUACCAGCUUGCUCAAAAUGAGGUGGACCAGGUGGUAGGGAAAGGACCUAUUCAGGUAGAACACCUCUCUAAGCUUCCAUAUCUGAAUGGUGUUCUCAGAGAAACCCUUCGGAUCAACGCGACUAUCCCUCUCUUCACUGUCGAGGCCUUCGAAGACACUCUUCUUGGGAACAAGUAUCCUGUCAAGGCUGGCGAGACCAUCAUCAACCUCCUCGCAAAGUCACAGCUCGACCCCACAGUAUUUGGAGACGAUGCAAAUGAGUUCAAACCAGAACGCAUGUUUGAUGACAAUUUUACCAGACUAAACAAAGAGUUCCCCAACUCGUGGAAACCGUUUGGUAAUGGCAUGCGAGCCUGCAUUGGAAGGCCAUUUGCUUGGCAGGAAUCUCUGCUGGUCAUGGUCAUGCUUCUGCAGAAUUUCAAUUUUGUUCUUGAUCCCAACUAUCAUCUCGGCUACAAACAGACCUUGACCAUCAAACCCAAGGAGAUGUAUAUGCGAGCGAUCUUGAGAGAUAACCUUACGCCGACCACCCUUGAGCGCCGGCUGGCUGGUUUAUCUAGUACAACAACGAGCAAGGAGAAUGGAACUAACGGCAAGUCUACUGAGGCUGAAGGCGGUGUUCCUAUAACCGUCCUGUACGGUUCCAAUAGUGGAACAUGUGAGUCUUUGGCGCAGAGGGUUGCAACUGAUGCCGCAGAGCAUGGCUUCCAUGUCACCAAGAUUGACUGUCUUGACACGGCAAAGGGAAACCUUCCUGAAGAUCAACCAGUUGUGAUCGUCACCGCAUCAUACGAAGGUCAACCCCCCGACAAUGCUGGGCAUUUUAUUGCCUGGAUUGAGAAGACUGACCAAGAAUCCAAGCCACUCAAAGACGUCUCGUAUGCCGUUUUUGGCUGUGGUCACAAGGAUUGGGUGCAGACCUUCCAUCGCAUCCCUAAGCUUCUCGACGGUAAUCUCGAAAAGCUUGGCGCCGCUCGGAUUGUCGACAUGGGUGUUACCGAUACAUCUCAAAAUAUGGUCUUCAGUGACUUUGAGACAUGGGAAGAUGACAUUCUGUGGCCUGCUCUUGAAGCGCGUUACAAGCCUGAGCGCAGCAGUAAGGCUGCAGACAAGGGAUUGAGCGUCAAGAGCUGUAACUUCAGGACCCUUACCCUUCGUCAAGAUGUCAAGGAGGCAACAGUGGUCUCUACCAAGACGUUAACAAGUAGCGACGAUGCAAAAGCCAAAAAACAUAUUGAGAUACAGUUGCCCGAAGGAAUUCACUACAUAGUCGGUGAUUACCUUGCUGUCCUGCCAAUCAAUCCCCAAGAAGUUGUUCGCCGGGCACUGAGGAGGUUCAAGCUUCCAAUGGAUGCUCAUCUGGAGAUAUCGAGCAGUACACCAACUGCCCUCCCUACUGAUACGUCUGUAUCAGCGCUGGACGUGUUUGGCUCUUACGUUGAGCUUUCUCAGCCGGCGACCAAGAGGAACCUCCUCCUCAUUGCCGAAGCUGCAUCCGAUGCAGAAACUAAAGCUGCUUUGACCUCGCUAUCUGAGGAAGAUUAUAUCGAGGCGGUCAGCGACAAGCGUGUAUCGGUUCUGGAAAUUCUAGAACGGUAUCCCUCUGUCGAACUACCUAUCAGAGACUUUUUGCAGAUGUUGCCACCCAUACGAAUUCGACAAUACUCCAUCUCCUCGUCUCCCUUAUGGGAUCAAUCUCGCGCGACAAUAACCUUCUCGGUCCUCAAAGGGCCCGCCAUGUCAGGCCAAGGCACAUAUCAAGGCGUCGCUACCUCUUACCUCGAUUCUCUAGCUGAAGGUGACACGAUCCAAGUGGCCAUUCGUUCGUCGCCUGCUGCUUUCAGCCUUCCCUCAAACCCGGAAAGUACGCCCAUAAUUUGCGUUGCCGCUGGAUCAGGACUUGCGUCGUUCCGAGGUUUUAUACAACAACGCGCCAUGAUAUACGAGACGGGUCGCACACUUGCGCCGGCUCUGCUCUUUUUCGGCUGUCGUGCUCCUGACCAAGAUGAUCUUUACCGCGACGAGUUCGAUAAUUGGCAGAAGCUCGGCGCAGUAGACGUAAGGCGAUCGUACAGUCGACAUGGACGGGAUUGCAAAUAUGUCCAAGAUCGGAUCUGGCAAGAUAAGGAGGACUUCAUCGAGCUCUGGGAGAAAGGUGCUACGGUGUAUGUAUGUGGCUCGAGGGCGAUGGCUGAGUCGGUACGGGAGGUCAUGAUCAAAGUCAAGACUGAGAUGGACAAGAAACUCGGGGGUGAGAUGAGCUUUGACGAGGCAAGUAAGUGGUUCGAUGAACAAAGGAAUGUGAGGUAUGUGAUGGAUGUGUUUGACUAGGUUGACGAGGAAGAGACAGAGAGUGUAGGAGAAUCUGCAUUUGAUAUUUAUAGGCAAGGUAAACAAGAGAUAUCAUAGAAUUAUAGAAAUAGAAAGGGAAACAUGGAU